AUGAGUGCUACAAAAGCGCAGUCUCAAAAGAUUUUUGAGAAGCUCAAGUUGAAGCCCGCAAACAAGAUAUGCUUCGACUGUGGCUCCAAGAACCCGACAUGGUCGUCAGUGCCGUUCGGUAUCUACUUGUGUCUUGACUGCUCAGCCCAUCACCGCAAUCUUGGUGUCCAUAUCUCCUUUGUUCGUUCCACGAACCUCGACCAAUGGCAAUGGGAGCAGCUGCGGAUUAUGAAAGUCGGCGGAAACGAAUCGGCUACCAAGUAUUUCCAAUCGCAUGGAGGAUCUGCCGCUUUAGCUAGCAAGGACGUCAAGGUCAAAUACACCUGCAACGCUGCUGUCAAGUACAAGGAGGAGUUGAAAAGACGGGCCGCGCAGGAUGCUCAACAAUACCCCGAGGAGGUCGUGGUUACAGACAUUCCCGCUGGCACUGCUUCGGACGGAUCGAGUACCCCUGCUGGUGACGCGGAUGACGAUUUCUUCUCCUCAUGGGAUAAGCCUUCUAUCAAGCGACCCAGCAACCCACCUUCGCGCACAGGUACGCCGCCAGUGGUGAGCCGGACUGCGUCGCCGUUCCUGAACGCUGGCGCCAAUGGCAAUGGUGCUCGCUCGAAAUCGCCUCUUUCGGCCUCAGACAAGGAGGCUACUUCGCCUGCUCCGACCGCUAUCCGGGCAAGCGCCUCUGUCCGGAAGGCAUCGUCUACAACUACCGCGAAGAAGGGCAGCGUUCUAGGCGCUAAGAAAGCGCCUAAGCUGGGUGCUAAGAAGAUUGGCGGGGCGGAAGCCAUCGAUUUCGAGGAGGCGGAACGAAAGGCAAAGGAGGAGGCAGAGCGCAUUGAGAAGCUCGGGUAUGACCCCGAAGCAGAGCAGGCCGAGGCCGAUGCCAAAGCCAAGACUUCCACCGCUGCCACCGCUAUCGCUUCUCCUACUCCCAUUAGCCCAGGAGCAGGUGGCUUCGGGUCCACAAGAAAAUCUCAUGAACGAAGUGCCAGUGAAGUGGAGCGCCUCGGAAUGGGUAUUGGAAGACUGGGAUUCGGCCAGACUGUUGGCGCCAAGCCUGCUGCUCCCAAAAAGCUGGGAUUCGGUUCUGUUGCUCCCGUGCGGAGCGCUGAAGAUGGUUUGUUUCAUUUCUGUCAUCUCUGGGCCAGUUUCAUUGGGUUCUAA